AUGAUAUCGGACAAUCAGCUGUACACGCUUGCCCUCUUCCUUGGCUCUGCCAGCAUGCUUCUGAUUGUGCUCUAUCACUGGCUCGAGAUCAACGCGAAAGAUGAGAUCUCGGAUGAGCGCAAGAGCGAUGCGAUACCUGCAGGCACGGCAAAGGAAGAUGUGGUACGGAGAGGGACCAUAGCAGGUCAUGCCGCAGCUCUGAAGCAUUUGCACGGUGUUUAG